AUGAACAUUACCAUCCUUUUUCAGCUGGCCGCCGAUUCUGCUUCAAAUGGACAUCACAAUGUUCAUUUCACUACAAACCUUUUACUAGGAGACGUUGACGCUUGCUUGGAAUCUUUAAUUGCGUGGGUGCAGUUUUUAUUAUUUGAUUAUGGUAAUGCGUUUAACAAAGCUGCUUCAUUCAGAACUGAUCGUAUACCAGAAGCUGCAUUCUUUGCUCGCACUCAUUGUCCUUCUCAACUGCAAAGAAUUAUGCGCCUAUGGAAAGAGAAGGCAGACCGCGUGCAAAAAAAUACAACUAGAAAAAUUGGUGAAUCGUUGGCGGAUCCUGGUAAAUACGAGAAUUUAUUUCCGGAGUGGGCAGCUUCGCAAAAGGCUGAAUCCUAUCUUCGCGAGCUUUCAAAACUCGCUGUUCCAGCUUCAGUCCGUGCUCCAACAAAUGCACAAAGAAAUGUUCAAGAAGAACUUGAAACAGCAUUAAACACAGGUGCUGUUACAUUCGAUGAAACAGGUCAAGCUCAUCUCCGUGGUACAUCUCGAAAGUCAGCUUCUUCAGUGAAUUCAGCCCAAUCCAAGCUUAGUCCCACUCCCGCUGCCACAUUAGCUGCUGCCGCUGUUGCUGCUCCCUUGGCUGCAGAAGUUACUCGAAGACGGACACCUUCUCCACCUCAUAGAGAACCAACUCCGGAACCUGAACAAGAAAAUGGGAGACAGGUGGUUGGUCCAAUUGUAAUUUGUUUUCAUACACUCGAUAGUCAGAGUGUCUAG